CUACGCCUUGAUGCUACUGUUGGUGAUGGCAGCGGCAGAGGCAGUCGAUGGCAGCGGGUACGAGUACGACGAGGAUCUAAGUUUAUCGUUCUACCGUAAGAGUUGCCCCGACCUAGAAAACAUAGUCCACCACAAGCUCAAAAUCUGGUUCAAAAACGACUCCACUCUCGCCCCUGCUCUCAUCAACCUCCACUACCGGGAUUGCGCUGUCAGAGGAUGCGAUGCUUCGAUUCUCCUAGAUCACAAGGGAAGCGAAAGAAGCGCCAAGGCCAGCGCUUCACUUAGGGGCUUCCAAGUCAUCGACGACAUCAAAUCCGAAGUCGAGAAAAAAUGCCCUAAAACAGUCUCCUGCGCCGACAUUUUGGCAUCCGCUGCCAGGGAUGCCACAACGGCCGUAGGCGGCCCCUUCUGGUCGGUCCCCUAUGGCCGAAAGGACGGGCGCAUCUCCCUGGCGAAGGAAUCCCAGUCCCUCCCCAAAGGCCGCGAGAGGAUAACCGACCUGAUCGAGCUCUUCCAGUCAAAGGGGCUGAACGUGCUCGACCUGGUCGUCCUCUCGGGGGCCCACACCAUCGGGAGAAGCAGCUGCGCCAGCCUCCAGCACAGGCUCUUCAACUACAAGGGCACCCGGAAACCCGACCCCACCAUCGACCGGAGGUACCUGAAUUUCUUGCGGCGGAAGUGCCGGUGGGCGUCGGAGACCGUGGAGAUGGACGCCAUCACGCCUAGGAAAUUUGACGUGCAGUACUACAAGAAUUUGCAGAAGAAGAUGGGGUUGCUAUCUACCGACCAAAUGUUAUACUCCGAUUCACGAACGGCUUCGAUCGUCUCUGCCUUGGCUUCGCAGCCGGAGGUUUUCCAGCAUCAGUUCGCGGCAUCGAUGCUUAAGCUUGGAAAGAUCGUCGAUUACUCUGCUGACGAUGAUGAUACCGAGAUUCGCCUCAAAUGCAACUGCGUCAAUGCCUAGAUUAUGAUAUGCCGCAACUUCAUUUUUGUAUGUUUUGCGUUUCACUGCAUUCAAUUGCAUGUAAUCAUCUCA